AUGGAAGAGAGUUUUCUUAAUAAAGGCUCUGAGAAUUCGGUAGUUGAAGUUGAUGAUAAUGCUGUCCACGAGUUACAUGUUCUUGCUAUUGACGCUCAGAUUUUCAGCCUUCAGUAUCUUUGUGCUGUGCUCCAUAAGUGCAACUACAAAGUUAAAACAACAACAUCGGCAGCUGAAGCCCUAGAGAUAUUGAGAGCAAAAAAAUAUGAAUUUAAUAUUGUGCUUGUUGAUGUUGAUAGUGCUAACAUGAACGGUUUUAAGCUUCUGGAGAUUAUAGGACUUGAGAUGUAUUUACCGGUGAUAAUGGUGACUGGAGAUGGCAGUCUUCAAAACAUAAUGAAGGGUCUAAUUUAUGGGGCUGUAGAUUACAUCAUAAAGCCCGUUCGGGUGCAGGAAAUCAAGAAUACUAUUUGGCACAGCGUUACUCUGAAUAAAAUGUGGGAUUCUGAACAAUCUACUGACAACGCAGAAACGUCGGACCACCAAAAUCUAAAGCCUUUGGAACAUUCCCAUGCUACUAUUACAGUUGAAGAUGAUAAAGACAACGUUCGAUUAGAUGAUACCUCCUCUAGUUGUCAGAAGAAAAAGAGGUUGGUGUGGACUCCGGACCUUGACGCCAAGUUUGUAAAAGCUGUUCAGACACUGUCAAAGAGUUCAAUGGUGCAUCCAAAAAGGAUACUUAAAGUUAUGAAUGAACCAGAACUCACUCGGGAAAAUAUCGCUAGUCAUCUGCAGAAAUAUAGAAUGUCCUUGAAGAAGCGUAAAGUUGAAAUGAACCAACAAGGUUUUGAUAUAAAAAGUGUUACCGGAUAUUCAUCCACUAGGAGAAGUAACCGCAGAAAUGGGGAAGCUGGCGAUUUUAAUGCUGAUCGUGUAGCUGUUCCAAGCUUUAAUCCAUUUCACUCCUUCGAGGACAUGAACUCUAUCUUUCUCGAUCCAAUUAGAGGGGGCAAUACAGUGAUGUCGCAGCAUAGAACACCGUAUGUCGGCUUGCUGGAUCCAGAGAAACCAUAUCAAUCCGUUCCUUAUAGUUGUUUGGAUGAUCCAAACUUUCAAACGCCAGAUUUCAAACAUUUUAGUUAUUACAAUUACUGCUUAGGAUUGAAUAUUCAGCUUCAUAAUCCUGGAUCUGAGCCUCUUUCAGGGACUACCUCUCGAUCACCAUACUUUCAUGAUAUGGGCUCCGAGCAUAGUACUCCUAGCAGUGCGCCAUUUUAUCCAUUCUCAAAUGCAUGUUUUGCACCUGAAACAGAUGUAGCUUUCCAGUCCCCUUUUGCUGUUGCUUCUGUCCCAGAUCUUUUCCCGGGUGGCAUUCCAAAUUAUGGAGGGCUUAUUGUGGACUGUACAAAUAAUGUGCAAUAUCCAGGUUCCAGAGGCCUAACAUGUAAUUUUGGUGGGACAGAAUUGGCCUCCAAUGGCACAACGAAAUCACGUGAUGAUACCGUUUCGGAGAUGGAUGACAACCAGUUAAGCGAUCAUGGACCACCUGAUAGUCUACAAAUCUUGGCAACUUACUCCUCCCAGUAGCCAGAAGGCUCUUGUAU